AUGUUUAUUAGGAGAGGUUUGGUGACUAUAUAUAGAGGUUGGCUUAGGCUUAGCCAGAAAAAGAGAAAAAAAACCAGCAACGUUGUUUCCUCAGCAGCAGCAGUAACCAUAGCCAACAAUGAAGGCAUCGUGGAGGAAAUUCUUGUGCGCCUGCCAGCUCGACCUCUGGUCCGCUUCAAAUGUGUCUCGAAGCGGUGGCUCUCUCUUAUUUCCAACCCCAAAUUCUGUGACCGGCACACCCUUCAAAACCCAAGCUCCUGCUCGGUGGCCUCCGCCGUUUUUUCUGGCUACAGCGAAACCAAGUUGGGCUUCAGCUUCAUCCCUCUCGAUGGUGAUGGUCGUCCAUCCAGGGCUCCUGGGUCGCGCUGGAAGCCUCCUAACUUGGUUCCAAAUGAGCAUGAUAUCAGGAUUUUUCAGUCCUGCAAUGGCCUCUUCUUGUGUUAUCUAGUCAAAUUUGCGUAUUUUUACGUUGUGAACCCCACAACCAAUCAGUUCUUAAAAAUUAUUCGUCCAACAGCGGCUACCACUCUGGCCACUGGUCUCAUAAGUUAUGCUUUGGCUUUUGACCCUUCCAAAUCACCUUAUUACAAGGUGCUCUGCCUUCGUUCCACUGACGGAACAGCAUUUGGUUCUUAUUACCAUCACAUAGAGAUAUAUUCGUCUGAGACUCGAAGUUGGAGGCUUCUCGAUUCUACUUUCCAUAAAACACCUGUAGACUAUAUUACGCCGGUGUACUGCAACGGCGCAAUUCACUGGAGUGGUUGGGAUGCAGAGUUGUCAUACUACCACAUGGAUGAAGAGCGCGUUGGAUGGGUUGAUAGCCCUCCUUUUUAUGACCACUAUAAGUACGACGAAGGUGAGGAUGCAUAUUUUUUCGAAACUCCUGGCGGUCAUUUGCAUCUUGCUCGUGUUUAUUGGCGUUGUCAGACUAAAUUUGAUGUGCUGGAGAUGGGAAGAAACUACUCUGGCUGGUUUGUCAAGUACCAUGUUGAUCUUGUCCAUGAUCCUCCCAUUCCCAUUCCUGACCUGCUACAAUGGGAAAAAAGAACUGUUCUUCUGUUUCUUGCUCCAGAUCUCAAUGAAAAUGGAGGUGGAGGAGAGGAAUGUUCAUCUCUCUUGCUGCAUACUCCUGGUAAGGUCAUCUCUUAUAAUCUCAAGAACAAGACCUUCCAAUCUUUCGAGUUAACUUCCAACCACGACUCUAUGACAGUUUGGGGUGGAAAAUGUCGAUAUAUGGAGACUUUGGCUUGUGUGUGA